CGAUGUGGGUCAGUGUUGAUUUCUCUCUUCUUGGCUUAUGAGUUUCAAAUUCGAAAUCUGAAACUAAAAGCUUUUUUGAAACAAAUGUUACUGACACCUAAAAUGUUUAGUUCUUGGCUUCGAAAAGAUGUGAAGAAGAUUCUCAAACGCAAAGACAGUGAUGCUGGUGAACGAGGAAAAGCACUUGAGGACUUGAGAGCAUCGUUAUUCAACAGAUUCCGUUCACCGGAAACUCCAAAAAGACAGCAACAACAACAACAUCGUAUCUGUGGCCCUACUGUUGCUCUUACUUUCAAUUUCAUUGUUGCUAUUAGCAUUAUCUUCGUCAACAAAUGGGUGCUUAAAAAUAUAGGCUUUGAGUUUCCAGUGUUCCUCACAUUCAUUCACUACAUUGUAGCUUAUCUACUAAUGGCUCUUCUCAAAUCCUUUUCGCUCCUUCCGGCUUCACCGCCUUCCACCAAAUCAUCGUCUCUUCCGCUUUACACUCUUGGCAUUGUAAUGUCACUCUCUACUGGUCUUGCUAAUGUUAGCCUUAAGUAUAACAGUGUUGGAUUCUACCAGAUGGCGAAAAUCGCUGUUACGCCUUCUAUCGUGUUUGCAGAGUUUUUGUGGUAUAGAAAGAGAGUUUCUUUUAUGAAGGUGGUUGCACUUACAGUUGUAUCUGUGGGAGUUGCGGUUGCGACUGUAACAGAUUUACAGUUUAGUCUUUUUGGUGCUUGUGUAGCAUUCGCAUGGAUCAUACCUAGCGCAACUAACAAAAUCUUGUGGUCCAAUAUGCAACAACGAGAAAACUGGACUGCUUUAGCGUUGAUGUGGAAAACGACGCCAAUUACUCUGUUGUUUCUUGUAUCGAUGAUUCCGUUCUUGGAUCCGCCAGGUGCUCUAUCUUUCAAUUGGAGUUAUGCCAACACAUCUGCCAUUCUUGUUUCCGCUCUUCUUGGAUUCUUUCUUCAAUGGUCAGGAGCCUUAGCUCUCGGAGCAACUUCUGCAAUAACACACGUUGUGCUAGGACAAUUCAAGACCUGUGUCCUCCUCCUUGGAAACUACUACAUUUUUGGGUCGAAUAGUGGUUUGAUUAGCGUUUGCGGUGCGUUUGUGGCGAUUAUGGGAACUUCGUUAUAUACAUACCUUAACACGAGAGGUCAAUCUCUGAAAGCUUCGUCUUCUUCUUCUGCUCUCUCAGACAAGAAGUCAAGAUUCAGUGAUCUUAAGGAUGAUGACAAGAAUCUUGAAACUUACGGCUCCGAAGCUGUCUAGUCUAAAGUCUAACUUUGUAGUAUAGUUUUGAUUUUAAUUAUUCCACAUUUCAUUAAAUUCUAAUUUCAACU